UCGUCACUGUAAAGAGAGAGAGAACUCACGGGGAUAUUACAUACACGUACCAUAGUUACACGCUGGUUGCUUUGCGUUGUGGAUUUGGAUUUACUUGAUCGGUUUGGUACCAGUGGGUUUUUUUUGUCUGCGUCUUUGUGGUACUUUGUGGUACUUUGUGUUUUACCUGUGGUACUUUGUUGUUUUUUCACCCAUGGUACUGGGUACCUGUUAUAGAAUGUUACAUGAUUGGAGAGACAGGAAGGGAUGGAGUCGGUGUCAUGUGAUUUCGUUUGACUUCUUGAUCGAGGAUUGAUGAAUCUGGUCAAAAGGCUAAAAUAUUACCAUGAUGUACUAACAAAAAACUGCAAAACAAAAUCAGUGAAGUUUCAUCUAUUUUUGACAGCUGGGAAGUAGGAAAAUAUCAAUUAUUGAUUACCUCCGCUCGAAGCCCGACCGCCACGGUUCGACCAAAACUCAGGAACUCCCAGCUCCGCCUAUUUCGUGUAAUUAGACGUAGCGGCAAUUCCAUUGGCUGCACGGUCUUCCAGUGACAGCAGACAUCAUCCCGAUUGCCCCAUAAUCUGACAGGAGAGCGAGAGAAGUGGGAGAAAUAGAUAAAUGUAUCAGAGACAGACGUGGAAUCAUCGUCGCUGCUUCAAAGGAGGAAUCAGUCUUUGUGAUCGAGAGCUCAAGCCAGUGUUUUGUUUUUUUUAGUUGUUGUGUUUCUCUUAUUCGCUGAUAUAAAUUUCGGUUACUGGGGAACUGUAUCUGAUGCCAUUAUUGUACUGCUGUAAUAUUAAAUUCCUCCGAAAGUGAAAAAGCACCUCAUUCCGGUGAAGAGGUUUUUUCUUUUUUAAUUUUUAAUCCGCGAAUUAGUUUGAAGACUACGAUCGAAGGAGACGGUUUUAGUGCGUUUUGCGUGGAUCGAGUACGAUCGAUGUUAAUAUGAAACACAAAAGAGCUCGCCCUUGGAAAAAAUACCAGACAUGAUGACCACAGUGGCGAUUAACAAUGGAUAUAGAGUACAACAGUGAAGUGUUCUUUCCUUAGCUGGAUAUUAUUAUUAUUAUUUUAAAUUGUGAUUUAACUCCCACCAAAAAGAAACCAAACAACACCAACAAAAAAGGAGAGAGAAAAUGCAUCGACUAAAAAAUAUGGUUCCAACGAGGAGCAAACUCUUGUGUCUGCUGCCGCUGUUAAUUCUGGUUAGCCUAAACGGAUUAACGGAGGGAGGGGAGCAGCAGAGGAAAUGUCAGGAGAUUUCGAUUCCGAUGUGCAAAGGGAUUGGAUACAACUACACGUACAUGCCGAACCAGUUCAACCACGAAACCCAAGAAGAGGCUGGCUUAGAGGUUCACCAGUUCUGGCCCCUCGUCGAAAUCCAAUGCUCUCCGGAUCUGAAAUUCUUUCUGUGCAGCAUGUACGCACCCAUCUGUGUGACAAAUUACAAAAAGCCCUUGCCGGCGUGUCGGUCCGUCUGCGAGCGGGCCAAAGCCGGGUGUGCGCCUUUAAUGAGACAGUAUGGAUUCGCCUGGCCAGAGAGGAUGGACUGCAAACCGUUGCCGCAAUACGGCGACAAAGAAUUUCUGUGCAUGGACGCAAACACGACGGACAGACAGACCCCGUCACCUUCUGGGAAGUACGGAGUCUCCACAACGAGGCCCGGGGAGGGUGGUUCACCAGGGGUGAUAACCCAACCCAGGGGACACGGAAUCCAGCACCCGGUGAUUCCUGGGAUCAAGCCUCGUGACGGGCAGCACGGCAUUCGACCUAUUCCCGGUAGGUCUGGGGGAUCCGGUGUGGCCGCCGGGGCCGGGCGAUCGACGGAGAAGACCUGCGUGUGCGGGUGCCUCCCUCCGCUGGUGCCCAUCACGUCGGAGUCGAACGGGGAGUUCAACAGAAUAUCCACGGGCGGGAUCCUCAACUGCGCUGUCAACUGCUACAGUCCUUACUUCGGACAGGACGAGAAGACCUUCGCGACAUUCUGGAUCGGUUUGUGGUCCAUUCUGUGCUGCAUCUCCACCUCCAUGACGGUGAGCACCUUCUUCAUCGACAUGCAGCGAUUCAAGUACCCGGAGCGACCCAUCAUCUUCCUCAGCGCCUGUUACUUCAUGGUCAGCAUCGGCUACAUCAUCCGCCUCAUCAUGGGACACGAGGACGUCGCCUGCGACGGCAAGAUGAUUCGCUACGAGACCACGGGACCCGCCGUCUGCACUGUCGUCUUUCUCCUCAUCUACUUCUUCGGGAUGGCUUCGUCCAUCUGGUGGGUCAUCUUGUCUUUCACCUGGUUCCUGGCGGCGGGGCUGAAGUGGGGACAGGAGGCGAUCGCCAGCUACUCGCAGUACUUCCACCUCGCCGCCUGGCUCAUCCCUAGCGUCAAGAGCAUCGCAGUUCUGGCGAUGUCUUCUGUGGACGGCGACCCGAUCGCCGGAAUCUGCUACGUAGGGAACGAGAACCUGGAAAACCUUCGCGGCUUCGUUCUCGCGCCGCUGUUCGUGUACUUGAUCAUCGGGAUGUCGUUCUUGCUCGCCGGUUUCGUUUCCUUAUUCCGAAUCCGGAACGUGAUCAAGCAGCAAGGUCGCGGGAAAACGGACAAGCUGGAGAGGCUGAUGAUUCGAAUCGGCGUCUUCUCCGUGCUGUACACGGUUCCGGCCACAAUUGUCAUAGCGUGUUACUUCUACGAACAGCACCUGCGCGAAAAGUGGGAGAGGACGAGAACAUGUCAGUGUCCGGGCGAAGUGUCCGGCGCCACACCGGACUACUCUGUGUUUAUGUUAAAAUAUUUUAUGUGUCUUGUGGUCGGGAUCACGUCCGGUUUCUGGAUAUGGACUGGAAAGACCGUCGACUCGUGGAAGAAGCUGUUCGACGGCAAACUGUGUAACAAACACUCGUACAGUCAUCCUAGCAGGAUGGCCAAGUACUCGAAUCCUUCGUAUCAGGCGGCGAAGGCACAGCCUCUUAGUCAUGUCUGAAAUGAGACGAGAUUGUUUUGUGUUUUUUCUGGUGCAUUUAUCGGUAGAGUAUAAUACUCAAAAAGACUCAAAGUGUAUAUAUAAACAUUUCAUGGAAAUGUGUAUGUGGUAUUUUUUUUCUGUGGUGCGCACAGAUAAAAUGAAGGAAAUGGCAGAAAGUUACAAAACGUCAAUGGCGCCUCGUCAAAUGAAAAAUAAAGGUCCAAAUGUUUCCUUUUCUAUGUGUUUUUGGGUGCACGGAGAGUGUUUUUGAGAAAUAAUGAAAAAUUGUGAAAGAUAAGUGCGUUCUAUUGACAAAAUAACGAAAAAUAAUGACGUUUCGUUAAAAAAAGAAAAUCGCUCUGAAGAUUCGAUUGGUAUGUAUUUUUGUAUACAAAGAACAUGUAGGAAAAUAAAGAAAAAGUACCACCCCAAAAAGGCAUUCAAACAAUACUUGUAGUUAAACAAACACCCAGGAUGUUUGUUUUCUGUGAAACUAUGAUGCACAAACAAGAAUGUAGGAAAAUGGAGUAAAGUACAAAAUCUCAGUGGCGGGCGCCUUGAAGAAAAAGGAAAAAACCCUCAAUUUCUGAGAAUGUUAGUUUUCUGUGGAUUUGGGUUCACGGGUAGAAGUGUAGAAAAUAGAAAACUCAAACAGACAAUGGCGCAAGUUUGAGAAGGGAAAAACCCAAAACAAUUGGUGUGUGAGUUUCGAAAUUGAAUUACGUGCAUUUUAAGAAACCGUUUUUUUGUAAAAAGACAACAAAAUAAAAACAAAUUAACAAAACGAUUUUUACAAAACAAACGGGUUUUUAUGGUGUCUUGAGCGAUACAUCGAUCUAAAAAAAGAAAAAAGAAGAAGGAUAAAAGUAGGAUUAUUUUUGUUUUGUUUGUUGUUAAGCAACGUACUUGCAAUACCAUGGCAACGAAAUUUUAUAGACUAUCAUUGUUUCGCACGUUCGAAUGAGAUUGUGUACAGUCAUGUGUAGAUUUCUGUAUUGUCUAUAUGGAUCAUACGUAUUUAAAAUUUACACUGACAUAUAUGUGACAUAUUGCAAUACGGACAAGACUGGUAAUGCACACGGAUGUUGAAACGAAUCAAAAGUGUGAUAGGAAAUGGGAAGAACGCGUGUAUAUAUAUUUUAAACACUUUUUUUUUUGUAUACUGUACAAAGAUAAUAAUUCCAUUGUAUUGUCAGGGGCGGAUCCAGAAUCGUAAAUGCAGCAGGACUCUUCUUUAUGUUUAUUAUUUUUUAAAUUUUCUAUUUUAUAAAUAUCUUUAAUUUAAAAAAAAAAAAAAAUUUGUUACUCAGAAAUACAUUGUAGAUGAAUACAAAAAUCUCACCAAUAUUUAUGGGGAGUACAAUAUCCCAUUACACCCAUAGUCCUUUCUGGAUCCGCCGCUGACUUUGCGUGUCUCGAUGUUAUAAAUUAAAAUUAUAUAAAGAAAUAUGUCAAAAUUA